AUGCCCGGCGUCUCAUCAGAUUAUGGCAGAGGUGUUUUAGUUCCGAUUUGUACAGAUUCCCAGGGUUCGACGGUGUAUCCCCUCCGCCAUUGCCUCAAGUCUCCAAUCUCUAGGCUCUUUGUCUCAUGGUCACGCGACCACUACCUUCGGGUCUCGGUUUUCGCCGCUCCUUCCUCUGUUGAAAACGAUGUAGGAGGAAAAAUAGUGGAAGUAAAGCUCGGCGGCAGAGAUGGCAAAGUCAGUGAUGCUCAUUGGUGGAGGGUCGCCUACGGUUCGGUCUCUCCUUUUGCUCUACUCCAAAGCAGAAAAAACGUCGUCUCCAGCUUGUCAAAAAUAUCAAUGAAUUCCUCACCUUACGAUGUUUACUGGUGGGAUUACAUAAUGGAGUACAAAAAAGACAUAAAUGCCUUUCUUGGUGGUCAGAAAUUGGAUUCAGUUCCGGUUAUCGACUACCCGAAGUCAGUCAUAUUGGAGCCAACUAGUUUAAAGGCUGCGUGGGAGCUAUUGGAAAUGUUUUAUGCUGAAAAGUCAUCUCAUUCAUGGUUACCUGAACGCCUUGUUGAUCGGUUAGACUACAACAACCUUUUCUCAGGAACAUACCCAACAGUGCAUGCAAAGCUUGUUGAUUUUCAAAAAGAACUUGUAAACUUGCAGGUUGUGGAGAAUAAUCCCAAAUACUGGGAAGUUUUGUCAUCAGCAUUUGCUGUGGGUUGGCUAGAUAUCGUGGUUAAAAUGUUGCGCUUGCAUGGAUCUUAUCAAUUAGAUCAACUCAGCAAUUGCGAGGUGUUCUGGUUUCAGUGUGCUCACCAACAAACUCAUGAGGGUUUGAGAAGUAUGUUACAAAUAAUGUUGGGUAAUGUUAAUAGUCUAUGCUCUGCAACAUGCCAUUGGAUAGAAUUGUAUAUUUCUCACUUGUUAUACAUCAGGCCAUUCACAGUGGGGUUAGAAAGCAUGUACAGUUUGGCACAGAAAAGCAUUCAAUUGAAACCAAUGGCCUAUGCACAUAAGUUGAUGGGGCUUAUAAUUGAAAUUCUUGGGGAAAAUACUGAGGUUGUUUUAGCGGAAUGCUUAAAAGGAUUUGGUCCUUGGAUGGUUGCGCAUAUCAUAGAGUUGUUGCCUGCUGGGACUGACCAUGCAGAAAUGUGUUGUUAA